UGGAACAGUUAUGUUGCAGAAAAACAGCAACUGGUAAAUGCUAAGUCAGUAGAGGAGAAGCUGAAGAAUACCUCAGACUAUCAACACAAGAGUUAAAAGAAGAUCUUUAUUGGAAAUAAAAUAGACAACAUGACGAUAGAUCAGGAUUUUGAAAAAGCAGCUGAAGAUGUGAAGAAUUUAUCAAAACGGCCUUCUGAUGAUGAACUAUUAGAAUUAUAUGCAUUAUUCAAGCAAGCCACAGUUGGUGACGUUAAUACAGCUCGUCCUGGAGUAUUCGAUAUGAAAGGAAAAGCUAAAUGGGAUCGUUGGAAUAGUAAGAAAGGAACAUCACAGGAAAAUGCUAAAAAAUCUUAUAUAACAUAUGCAGCUGGACUUCUUGCUACUUACAAAUAAAAUAAUUUAUGUAAAUGAGUAUCUAUAUUAAUACAAAGAAACCAAAAAAAUAGAAUA